AUGGAUCCACACACAUUACGUGACUGCUUAUCGGUAACUGGCGUAGAUUCACCCGUAAAAUCCAUAGCAGCUGGCCCAAAUGGACAACUCGUAUUCAAAAAAUCCGCAAACACAUUGUAUUAUUGUGAUGUCCACGAAAUGUCGUCAUACACGCUUCGCCUUUCACGGAUGGAUCCACUUUAUCAAGAUUGUCAGGUUGGUCAAGAGCCAAAAGGUAUUUUGUUACGUUUCGUCUGCUGUUCACGCUUAACUGUGGGCGUUGUGAGUCAUGGCUGAUG